AUGAGGAGUCACGUUUCUUCCCGGCUCAAGGGAGCGGGAUCCGAGGGAGCGAGCGGGGAGCGGCCAGAGCCUCCCGCCCACGCCGCCACCCCGGCCCCGACCCCGGCUGGACACGGGCCCGGCCCCGGGGGCGGCGCGGAGAUGGGGGGAUGUUCUUUGUUUUCUGCCCGGCCGGAUGGGGCCACGCGGCCCCGGGGCUCUCAGUGCCCCGAGGAGGGGGGGACAGGGCAAGGGGACAGCAGUGGUGGCACCUCUGCAGCUCCUGAGCGCCCUGCACCGCUCUCCCUGCAGGUGGGGACCAACGGGGUCAUCUCCACCCAGGAUUUCCCCAGGGAGACCCAGUACGUGGAUGACGAUUUCCCCACAGACUUCCCCGUCAUCGCCCCCUUCCUGGCCGACCUGGACACCUCGGGGGACAGAGGGAACAUCUACUACCGGCAGGAUGGCUCUCAGGACGUGCUGGAGCAGGCUGUGGGAUACAUCCAGGCUGGCUUUCCCCGCUCUGCUGGCGCCUUCGUGCCCACCAAUGCCUUCAUUGCCACCUGGGAGGACGUGGGCGCCUACCAGGAGCUCUCCCAGGACACCCAGCCCUCCACGAAGCUCAACACCUUCCAGGCAGUCAUAGCCUACAACGAUGAGGACACCUACACCAUCUUCCUCUACCCCAGUGGUGGUCUCCAGUUCCUGGGGACACGACCCAAGGAGUCCUACAACGUCCAGCUGGAGCUGCCAGCCAGGGUGGGCUUCAGCUGGGGGGACGGCGAUGACCCCAAGAGGGACGGGCUGUUCCACAGCCUGGCCAGCAGCGAGCAGGCUCUGAGGAGCCUCGAGAGGGAGAGCAACACGGGGAUUCCUGGCGUGUGGGUUUUCCACGUGGGCAGCGCCGAGCAGGUGGAGCCGGGGGGUGGCGAGGGAGCUGCUCCUGCUGUGCCUCACCCCAACCCUGGCACUGCCAGCUACCCCCACCCCCCCUCCAGCCACACACCCAUGGCCCAGCGUCCCAGCCACGCAUCCCACAGCCCAGUGCUCCUGGGAUAUGUCCCAGGAGGGAGGAGGGACAGUGGCACCUGGCAGAGCCACUCUGCCAACCCCUCCUCCUACAGCUCCGGCCACCACGGCGUGGGCGUGGAGGAGGACGCGCAUUUCAACCCAGAUGCGUUCACCUACAGCGCAGCCAGCAAGGAGACGUGCGCCCAGCACCACGGGCGCUGCUCCCCUCACGCCUUCUGCACCGACUACGCCGCCGGCUCCUGCUGCCACUGCCGGGCCACCUUCUACGGGAACGGGCGGCAGUGCCUGCCCGAAGGGGCCGUGCAUCGCCUCAACGGCAAGGUGAGCGGGAGCCUGAGGGUGGGCCGGGCGUCCGUGCGCUUCCAGGACGUGGAUCUGCACGCCUACAUCGUGGGCAGCGACGGCAGAGCCUACACGGCCAUCAGCGGGGUGCCCCAGCCCGCUGCCCGUGCCCUGCUGCCCCUGCUGCCCCUCGGGGGGCUCUUUGCGUGGCUCUUCGCCCUGGAGGAGCCCGGCGCCGAGAACGGCUUCAGCAUCACCGGCGCUGAGUUCACCCAGAGCCUGGAGGUGACGUUUUACCCCGGUGGGGAGACAGUCCAGGUGACUCAGACCGCCGAGGGCCUGGGGCCGGACAACUACUUAAACCUCAGGACACACAUCCAGGGUGAGGUGCCGUUCCUGCCGGAGAACGCCACCGUCCACAUCACUCCCUACAAGGAGCUCUACUCCUACUCCAGCUCAGCCGUGACAUCCUCAGGCCAGCGGGAGUACGUGGUGGUGGCGGGCACUGCCAACCAGACCUUGUCCUACCGCCUGCGCCAGAACGUCACCGUGUCGGGGUGCCCGCACGCGCGGCCGCCGGCGCGGCAGCAGCUCUCGGUGGCGCGCGCCUUCGCCCUGUUCGACGGCCACGAGCACGUGCUGCGCUACGCCCUGGCCGCCCGCGUCGGCCCGGCGCCAGAUGACGCCGAGAACCCCGUGGUGAGCCCGUGCCACGACGGCACCCACGCGUGCGAGGCGCCGGCGCGCUGCCAGCCCGGCGUGGGCACCGAGUACACGUGCGAGUGCCCGGCCGGCUACCGCCCAGAUGGACGGGGCUGCCGAGAUGCGGACGAGUGCGCAGAGGGCCUGAGCCGGUGCGGCCCCUUCUCCGUGUGCCUGAACGUGCCGGGCAGUUUCCGCUGCGAGUGCCGCGGUGGCUACCGGCCGGCGGGGGACGGGCGGGCGUGUGUGCCGCUGAGUGACCCGUGCGAGGCCGGGCGGCACCCCUGCGCCCCGGAGCGGGCGCGCUGCCUGUCCCGCGGUGACGGCCGCGCCACCUGCCAGUGCCUGCCCGGCUACAGCGGCGAUGGCAUCCACUGCUCGGACGUGGAUGAGUGCGCCGAAAGCCCGUGCCACCCAGCUGCCACCUGCUACAACACCCCGGGCUCCUUCUCCUGCCGCUGCCGGCCCGGCUACGCGGGUGACGGCUUCCAGUGCACGUACGCGGUGGAAGGGAACCCGCAGCGCCUCACGCCCUGCCAGCACGCACAGAUGUACCCGCGGGAGGUGCCACCCCUGGGGGACGGGCACGUGCCCCAGUGUGACGAGCAGGGCCGGUACCGGCCCCUGCAGUGCCACAGCAGCUCCGGGCACUGCUGGUGCGUGGACGCUGCGGGGCAGGAGAUCGCCGGCACCCGGACGGCGCCGGGCACCACGCCGCCACGCUGCGGGAGCCCAGCAGAGUCCAUCCAGCAGCUGACGCCCUGCGAGCACGCACGGAUGUACCCGCGGGAGGUGCCACCGGGGCCAUCGCCCCUGGGGGACGGGCACGUGCCCCAGUGUGACGAGCAGGGCCGGUACCGGCCCCUGCAGUGCCACAGCAGCUCCGGGCACUGCUGGUGCGUGGACGCUGCGGGGCAGGAGAUCGCCGGCACCCGGACGGCGCCGGGCACCACGCCGCCACGCUGCGGGAGCCCAGAGCCCACGGAGCGGCCCCCCAGCAUGUGCGAGCGCUGGCGGCAGAGUUUGCUGGAGCACUACGGGGGCAGCCCCCGCGGGGACCAGUACGUGCCGCAGUGCGAGCCCGGCGGGGACUUCGCCCCGCUGCAGUGCCACGGCGACAGCGGCUACUGCUGGUGCGUGGAGCGGAGCGGCAGGGAGAUCCCGGGGACGCGCUCCGAGCCCGGCACCGCCCCGCCCUGUCUGCCCAGUGUCGCCCCGCCCAGCGUCCGGCCCCAGCCCCGGCCCGACGUGUCCCCCCCGGCCAGCGGGACGUUCCUGCUCUACGCCCAGGGCCAGCAGAUCGGCUACCUGCCGCUGAACGGCACCCGGCUGCGCAAGGAGGCGGCCAGGACCCUGCUGUCCCUGCAUGGCUCCAUCGUGGUGGGCAUCGACUACGACUGCAGGGACAGGAUGAUUUACUGGACUGACGUGGCCGGCAGGACCAUCAGCAGGGCUGGCCUGGAGCCAGGCUCCGAGCCAGAGACCAUCAUCAGCUCAGGUGGGUCCUGUCCCCAGCGUCACCUGCCCACAGCCACAGCUCCGGGCUCCUCCCAGUGA